CUACUUUGAAAUUCCGAAGAUUCAAAAUCGUAACGAAGUGGUGGAGCAAAACCCUAACAAUGGAAAUUCAACCCGAAAUUCCGACCGCGACUAUGACCCGGAUCCCUAAUAUGUGUUCCAAAGAAGACGACACAAGUCCGAACUGGAGUCACAUUCCAAUUUCAAAUUCGAAGCCUAAGGUGAUAGUGAUAAUGGGCGCAACAGGGGCCGGAAAAUCCAAACUCGCAAUCGACCUUGCGUCCCACUUCCCGAUUGAAGCCAUUAAUGCUGAUUCCAUGCAGGUUUAUAGAGGAUUAGAUGUUCUGACCAAUAAAGUUCGCCCCGAAGAGCAGAAAGGUGUGGCACAUCAUCUGGUUGGUACUCUAAGCUCAAAUGUAGAAUUUACAGCAAGGGAUUUUCGGGACCAUGCUAUUCCACUCAUUGAUGAAAUAUCAUCUCGCAAGUUCUUGCCUGUCAUUGUUGGUGGAACAAAUUACUAUAUACAGGCACUUGUUAGUCCAUUCCUUUUGGAUGUAGCCGCUGAAGAUAUAGAAGUCAAUUGUUCACUGGAUACGAUUGAUAAUGAGAAACUCAAUCUUGGACUCGAAAUUGAGCGAGAGAAUAUUUGUUAUAAUUAUGAUUAUCUUAAAGCAAUUGAUCCCAUUGUUGGCUGUCGAAUUCAUCCAAAUGAUAGUAGGAAGGUCCAUCAAUACCUUAACUUGUAUGCACGAUUUGGUGUCCCUCCAAGUAAAGUUCUACGAGAAAAGACAGCAAAGAACUGGGGUCAGGUUGAUAAUUCAAGAUUUAACAUCUGUUUUAUAUGCGUGGAUGCAUCUCUAUCGGCAUUGGACCUUUUUGUUGAUAAAAGGGUUGAUCACAUGAUUGAAUCUGGUCUGCUUGAUGAAGUUUUUGACAUUUACCGGACAGAUGCAGACUACACAAAAGGCUUUCGACAAGCUAUUGGUGUUCGGGAAUUUAAUGAUUUUUUGACACACUGCUUGUAUGCACAUAAAAAUUCUAGUGAUGCAUCCCUCUCUCAAUUGUGGAGUAUCAAUACUUUUAAACAAACUGUACACAAUAUUCGAUAUGGCCCUGGUGAUGACAAGGGAAAAGUUCUUUUGACUGAAGCUAUUGACAGAGUGAAAUUGAACACCAGAAGGCUAGUUCGCCGCCAAAGGAGAAGAAUCCAACGCCUGCAAAUGCUUUUUGGAUGGGAAAUUCACUACAUUGAUGUUACACGUUACAUUUUGGCGGCUUCUGAUGAGAUUUGGGCAGCAGAAGUGGUUGAGCCAGCCGUCGCAAUCAUAAAAUCCUUUCUCAAUGGAGAAUUGUACUUGGAGAGCACCGGAGCUAACACCAAAGACAUAAAACUAAACCAAACAGAUCAAUGGAGUCAAUUUGUUUGUGAGGCAUGCGGUAAUAAGGUGCUCAGAGGUGCUCACGAGUGGGAGCAACACCGACAGGGCCGUAACCAUCGGAAACGAAUUUCUAGCCUCAAGAAGAGUGUGAGAAGAUACUCAGUUAAUUAAUUGCACUGAAACGUAUUCUUUUCACUAAAUGUGUUUAGACCGCUAUAGGGAUCAAUGUCUGUUUCUUGGGAGAGUUUAACUAAUGUGUGUUGAUUAAAGGGGGUAUGAAAAGGGGGUUUGAUGGACUGAUGAGGAUUAGAAGUUUGUCUCAGCAAUUUAUAGGAUAUUUAGCACACAAUAAUUAACUGGAGUUUAUGAAAUUCAU